GCUUGAACCAGCCGCACUGGCCGCGUUGGCGGUCGCUAGUCGCAAGUGGUCCGAUAUUUGGACCUGAGUGCAUGGACGAGGAGGCAGAUUGCCCAAAGCCCCAGCGCAUGGACGACGCAGAUGAUUCCUUGCUAGUCGGCACUACCAGUGUAGGCUCGGCGUUCUCCAAAGGCGUGAGCUCACGACCACCCCUAGCGGGACUGCAGGAGUUGGACCUAGACGAGCUGAAGCAAUCCUUGCAGCGCUUGGAGGAGACUGUGGUGGGGAUUUCCAGAAGUAUGGCCUCCCAGACUUCCAUCCUGUCUGGUUUGCAGAUGUCAGUGGAGAUGCUGGGCGAAGCCAGAGACGAGCUGCGUCCAAGUGUACGCCCACCUGCCCCAGCUGCUGAUCCCCCAGCUAUUCUCGCAGUGACCCCUUCGAUGAGUCCUACCGCGAGCAAGGAGGAUGAGUCGACGGAGAGACGCACAUCCCGCCUCUCCGAAGUCUCGAAGUUGGUGUCCUCCGUACUGUCCGUGCCCAUGGCAGGCCGGCGAUCAAGCGCGCCCGCAGUUUCGGGAGUGCGGAAAAUCUGCAGCAGCGGAGCUUAUGAGGACAGCCUGACAGCGCGGAAGUCCCCCGCGCUGGGCCAGUUCACCCAGUGGGGCAUGAUGGAAGAGCUGGAGAUGCAGACGGCGAAGCAGAUCUUUAGGACUCGCGUGGAUCGGCGACACAAGUCUAGGUCGACAUCCAGGGAGUCCAGGCACGUGGCCAGUUUCAGGCGGCAGUCGUCCAAGUUGUCCAAAGCGUCAAGAGUGGCGCAGGUUGUCAACCUUCCACUGAACGACACCCCACUGAACGACACCGAUGGCGUCGUCACGCAGGAAUUGAAGAAGACUGCCAAGGCUAGAUCUGUCACCCAGGAAGAGCAUCGCCAGGAAACGCUGAGCAAGUGCCGCCGGAUGUCUUUGGACGAGUUGCGCAACAACUACGACGCAGUGAUCGUGCGGGCCACCACCGGCACCAUGAAAAACUCGUCCCCGAUGAGGACCGUUGAAGGGAGCACUGCCUUGCCGCUGGUGGCCUGGGUUUGUCUGUGCAUGGCCGGGCUGCUAGACAUUGGUAGGCGUCGCCAAUGGCGCUUGCUUUCCUUUUGGAACUAUGCCAUUUUUCCCACGCUCGCCACGGGGGCGCUGCUGUGGUCCGCUUCUGCUGAUGGCCUCAGCACUUACAUGGCCAGCUCCCUGGGGUCACUGAUACUUGGCCUGGUGCUUGCUACGUGCAGCUUGCGCAGAGCUGGCCUCACUUCACUGCUCGGGCCAGAGGAUUGUCGACUGGAUGAGUACGCGACCGAGUCGGGUUUCAUGAUGGAUUGGCAGAAGGUGUCGCUGCGGAGAUUUUGCCAAGUCCUCGCAGUCUGGCUGACGAUGGUUGCAUGCCGUGUUCUCUCGAGUUGUCUCUACGCAUCGGAUGUAAUCUACGGAAGCAGCAUCACUGGUCAGCCGACCUUCAUCCUCUGCGAUGCAGUCUACAUGAGUAUGGCAUUUUACUGUUCAACCUUGACAUUUUGCCAGCUACACAUUUGCAGCGGACUGGAGUUGGCCAUCGACAGCUUUGGCUUGAACUUCUUCAAGGACAUGGACAUGGAGACGGCCGUCCAGGAGUGGAACCUGGUGCAGGCUAUGCUAAGGCAAGUCUCCCACCAGACCAGCGGUGCUUUGUUCAUCCUCGGGGCCAGCAGCGCCACCACCAUCCUGCUGUUAGCUGAGCAAAUCCUGAGGCAGCCAGACGUCAUCCAGGACACGACCCAAGUUGCUCUUUGGAUCGGCUGGCUGUACCCGCCCACUCUGCUUUUCUUCGUAACCAUGCUCCGCGCGGCUGCGGUGACAGAGAAAGCAAGCAGGGUGGCGCCCCUGAUCAAUUCCUGGACAUUUCAGGCUGCCAACUCCGACGACAGCUCGGAUGAAGGGUGGAUGGACCUCGAGCGGCACUACAUUGUGCAGUACAUCAACCAAAGUGAGGCAGGCUUCUACAUGAAGGGUGUGCGCGUCACGAGCUUCGACGUGCAGAAGAUUGGAUACUACUUCGCUGCCUUCACCUUCACACUUUUUUCAAGAUUUCUCUGACGCCAUUCUACAUGAAUGGCCACUGUUGCUCCUUGACCCCACGCUUGUGUGUCUGGGCAACUUCCGCGACCCAGCGUGACAAAUGGGUUCCAAAAGUUGGUCUUUUAUUUCUAGGCCCUUGGGACAAGUGAGAAGAGCUUGAAAGCUCUUCAGUCGCCCCACCAAAGGUAGGGUGCAAGGUGCGCGGGCAACACGCAACAGUCGCGCAACGCUCACUCGGGGCUUGCGAACUCCCAAAAUGACGUGGCGCUUUCAUGCC